AUGUUUAGUGAUUAUGCUUCACGUUUUCUUGCACAAUCUAGAUUUUCUUCAGCCGGUCAACAACAUUCUGGCUUUAGAACAUCGAAUUCACAGCUAGACGUAACCGGGCCUUCGCUACCAAGGUCAAUUGAGAAUGAUCAUGAUUUCUUAAGGACUAAUGAAGCCUCUUCUGCUGGAACGAGUGGAUUACAUUCUCUCUUAAACUCAGAAUCAAUAAAUUGGCAAUUGAGAGAAGAGGAGCAGUCCGAUAGGUCCGAGAUUCUUUCAAAUAGUGAUUCAAGAGACAAAAGGUUCAUGUACAUGUCAAAUGGUGUUGUGGAGUCGUCUGCACAACCAGAAAGUGAGUCGAAUUUGUCCCCCAGUGGGAGCGACGAAUUUAUGGAAUUGCCAAAUGAGCGAUUUAUGAAAACUGAGAGAAAAAUACCAGAUAAAAAAUGGGGCAUCUUAUUUGGCUGUCUUUGCCUUGCUAUGUUCACCUAUAGUAUCCUUACUAUAUGGCGAACGAAUCCUGAUUCUCCUCCACUGACAUCUGCAUAUGCCACUAUUCAAAGAGCCUUUCCGCUCUUUCAAAAGGAUGCCGCUGUUUGUAUGUUCCUUGCUGUAGCAUGGCUCUUUUUCUUAGUCGCAGUCCCCCAGUUCCUUGUUUUUCUUUUAGCCGCUGCACCUAUUUCCAUGUUUGCUUUUUCUAUUUAUUUAUUUAACGCUUCAAGAAUUCACUUGGAGAAUUCCGUUCAGUCUAGUGUUAUGCGAGUGACCGCUGUAAUUCUUCUUUUAUUCACUACAAUUUGUUCGACCUAUAUUUGGCGACAUUGGAGUCGAUUUGAAACUUCUUUUAAUAUCGUUAAACUCGCAUGCCGUGUGAUUUCAGACAUUCCCCAAAUCGUGUUGGUAUUCAUAAGCUUCUUAGUUUCCUUUUACAUUUUGAUUUUUAUAUGGGUCCGUUUGUUUGCUCGGCUGUUUUUGCGUGGAUCUUCAUUCGUAGGUUCAGUUUGGGUUUUACCAAAAAGUUCGUGGAUAUUAGCUUCAUUUUAUGCUUUCCAUUUUCUUUGGCUUUGUGUGUUUCUGAACUCACUACAGUGUGCUAUUUUAUCAUCGAUCGUCUCACAAUGGUUUUUCUAUCGAAAUACGAGAAUGACCGCAACCAAAACCAAUUUGGUUUCUCAUUUUUUUUCCGAUGUCCUUUCUAAUCAUUACGGAUUGUGCUCACUUUCUUCCUUGUUAACCAUUACCACUAAAAUCCCCCUUCAUUUUCUUCCGAGAUGGUUGCGGCACACUUUUCAUCUGGUAUACUAUAUGUUUACUUCCAUUUCGGCUUCUUACGUGGCUUCUCCUCUUGCACUUGCAUAUGCAUCAAUAUAUUCAAUUCCGUAUAUGAAUGCAUCGAAAGCGCUUAGUCAAAUUGAGCAGUUAAAUCGGGUAAAUUUACGUCGGCACUGCUAUUACCUUUCGAAAUACACGCUGCUUGUUGCUCGCACUGUGCUGGCCGUUGGAGUUGGUAUUACAGCGUGGAAUUUUUCAAUCCACUCGAAUGGAAUUUUUUACGGAUACCUGGUGGGACUUCUUGGUGGAUUCUUAGCAUGGCUAUUUAUAGGAGUGAUUGAAGGAGGUCUGAGUAUGCUGGUUGAUGCCUUGUUAAUAUGUUCUAUUAUUGACAUUUCCAGUUGUCAAGGCGACCCGAAUGGUUCCCACUGUUACGAAGCUUGGCAGCUUUUCGAAUCCAACGGAUUGUAA